AAAUGUGCAUUGCGUAAUCGACGAACCAUCCAGUGGAACCAGAGAUGUCAAACGAAAAUCAUCGUUAUAUUUUUCGAUAUAACAGCGUAACAUCUUGAAACAGUUAAAGAGAUGGCGAAUCAAGAAGGAAAAAUCAAGGUAUGCGUGAUCGGUGCUGGCGCGGCCGGUUUAUGUGCAGUCAGACAUUUGGCGGCAAAUACGACAUUCGAAGUAACUGCUUACGAGCAGACAAACGAUAUAGGAGGUACAUGGAUUUAUAAGGAGCAAGUUGGCCUCGAUGAUAAUGGCUUACCGAUACAUUCCAGCAUGUAUCAGAAUCUAAGAACGAAUUUACCAGCAAAAAUUAUGAAUUUUCCGGAUUAUAUUACAAUGGAAGGGCAAGAACCUAGUUGCGUGAGCCAUCAAGAAGUUUUAAAUUAUCUAAAAGAUUAUGCUCAACAUUUUGAUGUGCAUCGAUAUAUUGAACUCAAUACAAAAGUCGAAAGUGUCCAAUUUGUAUCAUCUGAUCACUCCAAUCAAGAUAAAUGGUCCGUGCAAGUGAGAAAAUUAAAAACUGAAGAAAUGGAAUUACGUUAUUUUGACGCAAUUAUGGUUUGCAAUGGACAUUAUUUCGAUCCUUAUGUACCAACCAUAACUGGUAUCGAAAGUUUUCCGGGCCUAAUAUUGCAUAGCCAUGCAUACAGAAAACCAGACGAAUUUUCCGGCAAAACUGUAUUAGUGUUGGGUGCAGGUUCAUCUGGCAUCGAUAUAGGGAUCGAUUUAUCUAAUCAAGCGACUCGCGUGUAUUUAAGUCACAAUCAUGAUAGAUUAACAAGUUCUUUACCAUCAAAUAUGAUACAAGUUGCGGGCAUUGAGAGCAUACACGAGACUACAUUCCGUUUGAAGGAUGGAACUACUGUCGAUGCUAUUGACGUUUUUCUUCUUUGUACUGGUUACACGUUCAAUUUUCCCUUCUUAGACAAAAACUGUGGUAUAAAAGUUGACAGUAAUUACGUAACUCCGCUUUACAAACAUUUUAUCAAUAUUGAGCAUCCUUCAAUGUGU